AUGGGAAACCAAAGCUCCCGUGUUGCACCGGCUGGAGUGGUGCCCAGCACGGACGGUGGUGUCGUCGUGAAUGUCGUGAACGUGGCCCGCAGCGAGAACAAGUCGGGCACGGCUGUUGCAACGAUGCUCUUGGACCAGAACGACGAGAUUCAGCGAUGCUUCAAGGAUGCUGCGAGCGCAGCCGGGCCAGCAAAGCAGCCUCAAGUUCUGCCGGUGAUGCCAAAUGCCUUUGCGCAGCAAAUGCAAGAGUGGGCCGUGGCCUGCGAAACCGAAGCGUACGAAAGUGAGAUUGGCAGGCGUGCGCAGAGCUUCUCAGUGCCGAUGCUGGUGGCAAGUCAAUCUGGGCAGACCGAGAAGGCCCAGGAGCUGAUGAGCGACAUGGAGGCCUCUUUGAACGAGGAGGUCAGUUCCAAGAAGAUCUCUCCCUCCACCGAAGCUUGGAUGCUCGGACGCCUGUUGGCUGCAAACUGCCAGCUCCGUGCCGAAGCCGAAGGGAUCGCCGAGAAGCUGCGAGGCGUGCUCGACCAAAUCUUGGCACGGCGUCUGGCGCAGCCGGAGAGCCUGGAGACGGCCGAUGCUGCCGAGUCGUGGGCUUGGGCUUACUUGAUGCUUUGCGGCGACAGGGAGUCCUCGGAUCUUGGGGCCUGGCUCAAGGCCAGCCGCAUCUUGUGGCAUUCCGUCGAUGCGGCCGGCGUGGAGAUGGGAAAUCGGAUAUGGGCAAGCACGAUGGCCCUUCUGGCGUUCUCGAAACAGCUGGAUGCAAGCUGUAUCUGUUCGUCGCAAGACCCUUUUGCACGGGAAGCAGUCAUCGAAACGAUUGGCGACAUCUUGUCUUUCCUGAGGUGCGGGGCUCAGAUGCAACAUGAAUUCAAACCUUGA